AUGGACGAGUCUUCGAAACAGAAGAUGUCCUUCACCUCUGUCCCAAAAGACAACCAAGCUUUAACCGCCGACAUACAGGACUUUAUCCAAAAGCAACGAAAUCCGGACGUGUCCCUGGAAAGCGGUACAAACCAAAGUGGCAAAGCCAGGGCCGGAUUAGAAGUAUUACUAGAGAGACUUUAUCUCCAUAUCUGCAAAUUCGGCGGCUAUGAAGGGUCUGCGGCGACACCGGACAAAAAGAUUCUUGCAGCAUGGCAGAGCUUCCUCGGCCCGAUCAACGCCCUUACUGGGAUAGAAAGCCAUGGGUAUAUGAUAGCAGCACGCAUGACCUUAUACCUCACUCAAGCCUUCCGGCAGAGUGGCCAACUACCUCGCACGUUGCCCAUAUCAGCCUCAAGCUCUAAACCAAUCGCCUUACGCUGCAACUUUCUUAUUUCUUUAGACGAUAGACUACUAUCCUGUUUGGCACACAUAUGGAGCCAAAGCGAUAAACGAGAAAUGUUCACAUGGGUCUUCACCGAUUACCCGGUCCACGUCUGCGGAUGCCGCCAUGGCGGUACUUGUCAGGAUUUUGUCAGCCCUGGCAAGACAGUCAUGGAGUUCCACGAACAACGGAAACGGGACCAUAUCAAAGCCGCCUGUAUAACAGACCCGAGCAAUUUGACCCCUGAGAACGGCGUGCGGCCUCGUUGGCGUUGGACACGGACAGAGGGUGAUACGGCACAUUAUCCGCGGCAUCCAGAUUCUUCCCGGGCUGGCUAUGAUGAGUCUACGGACCGCGAGCGUAUGCUAAUGUGGCAAGAAAUUGGCUCAGAUGGUCCGAUUCGAGAGUCUUACUACUAUACCCUUGAAGAUGAAGACACUGGAGAGACGCAUGGCCGAGAUCGUGCUGCCCUCCGCCGAUCGCGACAGUUCAUCUUGGACGCUCGGAAGCUUGCAGAAUGCAAUAUAGCAAGGGACAGUCGGGGCGUAGCGCAGGUGGAAAUGGCCAAGCGAUCCCUCCCAGCCGAGCUGCAGACAGAGGUUUUCGAAUACCUGGACGAGAUCCGAGACCACCCAUACCUUGGCGGGCUGGACCUCUCUGCCAUCUAUCGUCCAUUUCCUGACAUCAGCAAGAAAUGUAGCCACUGUACCGGCCGUGCCAACAAUUCCGCUGAGAAAAUGGCCAAGUCAACUUGCCCCCUCAACUCCAUUACGAUAUGGAGUCUUCCCAUGAGAGUAUUCCACACGUUUCAUCAGCUCAAUGGUGGCAAGUGGCAACUCUGCAGUCAAAUUGACUGCACUGGACACCAUAGCGAUGCGUCCUGGCGCUUGCGAAACGGUGUGACAUUCGAAGACUACUUGAACAGCAUUAUUCGAAUCCGCUGCGGUCCAGACUUGACUAUAACAGACAUCGGACUAGGGCCUUUAGAUCCGGUCCAGCUUCCGACACAGGCAGAAGACCGGGCAAGGGAACGACGGCUAUUCUCAGGCCAGUGGGAUGACUAUGAGGCGCAGGAUCGUCGAGAUGAGGCUCGCUGGACAGGAAUUGCUGGACUCGUUAGUGUCAUGAUGCAUAAUAAAACACUCAUAGGGCUUCACAACUCAGGAAGAGCCACUACGGACCCAUCCUGGCUGUUUGGACGGACGCGGCAGGACGAAGCCAGGGCCGGGUCAGCGCUUGCAAGCGACCACGUCCAUUGCGAAUACUGCUAG